AACUUGACUAUAUCCGAUGAAAUUCUUGGUUAUGGUUCACAUGGAACUGUUGUGUAUAGAGGAACUUUUGAGAAUAGACCUGUGGCAGUUAAAAGAAUGUUACUCGAUUUUUAUGAUGUUGCUAACCAUGAAAUAUCUCUCUUACAAGAAAGUGAUGAUCAUCCAAAUGUGAUAAGAUAUUUUUGUUCAGAACAAUCAGAUAGAUUUUUAUAUAUUGCUUUGGAAUUGUGUUUAGCAAAUUUAGAAGAUAUAAUUGAUAAGAAAAAGGAGUUAUUUGAUGAUCCUCAAAAUAUUUUAUUUCAAAUGGCUAGCGGUUUGAACCAUCUUCAUAAAUUGAAUAUUGUUCACAGAGAUAUUAAACCUCAGAACAUUUUAGUAACGAAUUCAAAAACGAAUCCAAACGGUUAUAGAGUUUUGAUAUCUGAUUUUGGGCUUUGCAAAAAAUUAGAACCUGAUCAAUCAUCAUUCAGGGGAACAACAGCUGCUUCAGGAACAUCUGGCUGGCGAGCUCCUGAAUUGUUGACAGAAAAUAACCAGCUAAGACUUAAUAAAGGUGUUGAUAUAUUUUCACUUGGGUUGGUUUUUUAUUUUGUUUUGGCAAGUGGUAAACAUCCAUUUGGAGACAGGUAUUCAAGAGAAUCAAAUAUAUUAAGAAACAAUUAUGAGCUAGAUGAUAUAGAAUUGUAUGAAGCAAGAAAUUUGAUUGAAAGUAUGCUUAAUUCAAAUGCUAAAGAACGACCAACUUCUUCAAUGAUAUUGAAACAUCCAUAUUUUUGGACUAAUGAACGAAAAAUCGAAUUUUUAUUAAAAGUUUCAGAUAAAUUGAAUAUUCUUGAUAGAGAUUCAUUUGUGAUUUUAAGUUUUGAAAAAAUUUCCAAAAAGAUAUUUAAAAAUGAUUGGAAAAAUUACUUUAAUCCUGCAUUUUUUGAAAAUCUUAACUCUUUUAGGAGGUAUGAUAGUACAAAAUUACUAGACUUAUUAAGAGUUUUUAGAAAUAAGUAUCACCAUAUUCAUGAAAUUCCUUCUGAGUUUAAUAUAACGGAAGAAAGUUAUUAUCCGUUCUUUAGUAAUCUAUUUCCUACUUUGUUAAUCACUGUUUAUCAAUUUAUUGGAAAUAAAAUGAAAAAUGAA